AUGACGUUGAAUCAAAUUAAGAAAUUUGAAGCUCUAAAUGACAUAUCCGUCAACGUCUACGCCAUCGAGAAUGGGAUUGUGCCGAUACGACUCACUGACCGAAUGAGGAGCAAGCACGUGAAUCUCUUAUAUGUGGAGGAUGACAUCGAGGGACAUUUCGUGCUGAUUAAAGACCUGUCACGCCUUGUCAGUUCACAAAUCAGCAAAAAGGAGCGUAAGAAAUACUUCUGCGAUAGAUGCCUCCACUACUUUAGCUCGAGCGCUAAAUUGGAGAUUCACAGCAUGGAUUGCGGAAAACUAAACGAUUGUGCGAUAAGGCUACCGAGCGAGGACAAGUGGCUCGAGUUCAAGAACCAUUGCAGGAAGGAGCGCGUCCCGUUCGUGGUUUACGCCGAUUUGGAGUGCGCACUGGAAAAGAUGGAUCUUUAUCCAACAUCAUCCACGUACACAUACCAACAUCACAACGUCUUCAGUAUCGGGUAUUACGUGUACUGCUCUUAUGGCAAUUCGCUGUCGGGUUAUCGUUUUCACCGCGACAAAGACUGUAUAUCGUGGUUCGCGGGCGAAUUGAAAAAUCUAGCGCAUGAAGUAAAGAGUAUCUUAUCCGCUAACGUGGUUAUGGAUUUCACGCGAGAUGAUUGGCGAAAAUUUAAUAGCGCAACGCACUGCCAUAUCUGCGAGAAACCGUUCAUGAAAAAUGAUAAGCGGGUACGCGAUCACUGCCAUCUCACCGGACGAUACAGAGGUCCAGCGCAUUCAAAUUAUUCAUACAGAUUUCUCGCUUCUAGUUUAGACAAAUUAGCAUCUUUUCUCAAUAAAGAUAAGCUGCGGGUACUGCGACGCGAAUUUUCUCAUUUAUCGGACGAAAAUUUUAAUCUUUUAACUCGAAAAGGUGUCUUUCCGUACGAGUACAUUGAUUGCAGUGAAAAAUUGAAUGAAUCAUCCUUGCCGCCUCGCGAGUCGUUUUACAGUUCAUUGACAGACGACACGGUAUCCGAGAGCGACUACGCGCACGCUGUCAACGUGUGGCAGCGGUUCUCCAUCCAAACGCUCAGUGAAUAUAGCGAUUUGUAUCUAAAAACAGAUGUAUUGUUGUUAGCCGACGUCUUUGAAAAUUUCCGCGACAGUUGCGUCGCGAGUUACGGGCUCGACCCCGCGUACUAUUACACCUUACCCGGCUUCACAUGGGAUGCCAUGUUGAAGCACACAGGUGUAAAAUUCGAAUUACUUACAGACAUUGACAUGGUCAUGUUUGUCGAGCGCGAUAUACGCGGUGGUCUGAGCCAGUGCUCAAACAGGUACGCGCGAGCCAACAACAAAUACAUACCUUCGUACGACCCAUCGAAACAGUCAUCAUAUUUAAUGUACUAUGACGUCAACAACCUCUAUGGCUGGGCAAUGUGUCAACCAUUGCCAUACGCCGACUUUCGAUGGGUCAAAAACGUGCAGAAUUUCAACUUUUCGACCAUCGCGCUAGAUUCACCUACAGGCUAUAUUCUCGAGGUAGACUUGGAAUAUCCGCAACAUCUCCACGACGCGCACACUGACCUACCGUUCUGUCCGACGCGAGAGAAACCGCCCGGCAAGCGCGAUGACAAGCUCCUCGCGACGUUAUGCGAUAAGCAGCGUUACGUGAUUCAUUAUCGCAAUCUGCAGCAGUGUACUCGUCACGGCCUCCGUAUCGCAAAGGUUCACCGUAUACUGCAAUUCACGCAAUCUCCAUGGCUUCGUGACUAUAUAGAACUAAAUACAAAAUUUAGAACAUUGGCAAAGAAUGAUUUUGAGAAGUGUUGGAGUCAGUUAAAAUAA